AUGUUCGUGCGCGAUGGAAACUUCAGGAAGUCCGCACGGGAGUUACCUAACUUAACAUUCCCAGUGGAAAAACGAGUUGGCACCACGCACGUGUAUUCGUAUUGCCAGCUGACCUCCGAAUCUCGUGUGAUUCCGUCGAAGAAAUCGGACACGAUCCGCUUUCAUGAGAAUGUAGGCUGCAAAUGGAUGUCGUGGAACGAGACCGCGUGCGUGGGCUGUCACGGAUACGCCACGCACAAAUUGCACGUACGCUUUCACUAUCCCGGUAAUGCAGGGGAAGUGGUGAUUUUCUCCGGUACCAUGAGCAAACACGUGACCAUCCACGUGCCCUACAAAGUCCACACGAUCCAUCACCAUCACGUGUCUAAAGUGCCGUACCCGGUGCACGUGCCCGUGAUCAAGGAGGUGCCUGUGUACAAGGAGGUGCCUGUGUACAAGCACGUGCCCGUCCCAGUGGUACAGCACGUGCCCGUUCCCGUGAUAAAGAAGGUGGAGGUGGAGAAGCAGAUUUACGUGCCUGUUCACCACGAGGAAGAGCACCAUGGCUGGGAGAGCGAGUCGCUGUCGCACGGCUGGCAC